UAUAGACAAACAGCAAUUUCACUUAACCAAGCGUGUAUAUUUUUGGAGUGUGGUAGGAAGCCGGAUUACACGCACUAAACCCACACACGGGAACUCCACACACAGAGAUGCCCAAACUGUGAACCCACAGCUCCUAGAUCUCCUGACUGGGUGGCCGACGUGCUAACCACUAGGCAACCGUGCAGCCUGAGUUCUUUGCUGUUAGCUCCUACAACAACAAUGACAAGGGAAAGACGCGUGUUCAUGUCUCACAUCAGGAUUGUGGAUGACGGGCAAAAUUCCAGAGAAAGUGCAGCUUUCGUUUAAGAGAAAUGACAACAUAUGUCAAUAUAGGAGAAUAAAGUUGUAAAUUUAUGAGAAUAAAUCAGUAAUUUUACAAGAUAAAAGUUGUACAUUUUAGGAAAAUAAUGGCCUAAUUUAUUGAGAAAAAAGUUGUUAAUUUACAAGAAUAAAAGUCAUAAUAUUAUGAGGAAAAAGUCUACAAUCAGGAAAAUUAAAGUUGUCAUUUGAUUAAAAAAAUCAAGUAAAUAAAUAAAUAAUAAUAAAGUUGUAAAUUCCCUAGAAUAAAGUCAUAAUAUUACAUUAUAUCAGAGGGAAUGCCUUGCUUCAGGCAAGCUUUUAUUUAUAACAUGGCAGCAAAACAGAGCAGUUAAACACUGACUGAUUAGCAUGUCUUGCACUUCCGCCUUCCUUGCCCCGCCCCCUCCACAUGCCAAACGUCACAUAAGGUCGCCCUUACGUGACAAAAAAUUAGCUCUCAGAUUAUUUUCAUACUUCAUAACAGGCAUUGUCCGAGGCAGCUAAAGGAGGGGGGCUUUAUGUGACCUUCGUUCCAGGGCAAAGGUUGGGAAUCACUGCCAUGGUGGAUCACAUCGUUCCGUGGAAUUUACGGACCGGGCCCGGGGCUUGCUGUGAGUCCGGAGAACGGCGGUGCUCAACGGGGAGGGAAUCCCUCCAGUGUGUGCUUCCUUUUUACCAAGGAAACCCACACGGCGCGCUUUCUGACGCAACUGCCCAUUUUAGGAAACAUGCGUCAAUGGACCAAAUCAAGUGAGACAAACAAGCGUGGACACGACGGCAGCUAUGACGUCCGGAACCGAACCAGAAAUGUUCUAUUUGCGUUGUUGUAUCCACGCUGCUAUCCGCGCACUGAUAUCCACUGGGAGAAGCAAUAAGCGCCGUUUUCUAACGUUUCCCCACUUUAUCCACAAGACGCCUCCACCCCUCCCUUUUAGCCGAAAUGGCAACGCCCAUGCGUGACGUCAGCGAUUUCGUCGGCGUUGAAAAGCAGUCGCACUUGUAAGAUAGUGCCAUUGAAGUGAGUCAUCUCCAGGAAGGAGUGUGUUUUCAAGAGAAAGAAAAAAAAACACCGAAGUGUUCCGUGAACGCCACAGCUCGCACGUAUUAGGCAAGAAAGUGGAAAAUACUGAGAAGGUUAAAAACAAAGGCUUUAAAGUGAGUCAACCUGCGUGGAUUUCAACUUUAGUGGCAAGUUUGCGCACCUUGCAAUUCUUCAAUAAACAGUAAUCCUUUAACAUCACCACUUUUCCAUCACUCCACUUUUUCUGGAGAAUCAACAAGCGAAAUCGAGGAUUUUAUUUGAGUUAUUUUUUUAACCAUCCUGUCGGUGCCUUUUUUUUUAUACGAACAGCGAGGAUUUCCCCCCGAUUUAAGCUCCACGCACAGUCUCUUGAUAUCUUCUUCUUUCCUGGAUCAUGUACCAGGACUACUCCGGGAAUUACGACACCUCGUCCCGCGGAAGCAGCACCUCUCCGGCACAGCCUGAGUCCUUCACCAGCGGCAGCAGCACCAUCGGCAGCCCCAUAUCUACCUCAACAUACCAGAAGUACAGGGUCGACAUGCCCGGCUCCAACAGUGCCUUCAUCCCCACCAUCAAUGCAAUCACAACAAGCCAAGACCUGCAGUGGAUGGUGCAGCCUACAGUCAUCACGUCCAUGUCCAACCCAUACUCACGCUCCCACCCGUACAGCCAUCACCUGACCAACGGGCAGGGACUGCUGGGACACAACCCUCUGGCCCGUCCCGGGGUCAUCCGCUCCAUCGGGGACGCCAGGGGCCGACGCAAGAGGGAUGAGCAGCUCACUCCAGAAGAAGAAGAGAAAAGGAGGGUGAGGCGUGAGAGGAACAAGUUAGCCGCCGCCAAGUGCCGCAACCGCAGACGGGAACUGACUGAGAUGUUGCAAGGGGAAACUGAGAAACUGGAGGAGGAGAAAGCCGACCUACAGAAAGAAAUCGAGAGCCUCCAGAAGGAGAAGGACAAGCUGGAGUUCAUGCUGGUGGCUCACAACCCCGUGUGCAAGCUGCCCAAUGAGGAUCGCCAUCAACCUCCAGCGCACCAGCCGCACCAACAGCACCAACAGCACCAGCAGCACCAGCAGCAGUGCGGCCCCCUGCCCUUGACCAUGCGCCCCAACAUGGCCACCCGGGCCCACAUGAACCAUGUGGUGGUGAAGCAGGAACCGCAGGACAUGGAAGCAGAGGUCGGCAAGCCCCAGCAUUCCGUGAUCAAGCCCAUCUGCCUGGGUGGGGGUUGCAUCGGCGGCGGGAUGUACUGUGCAGACGCAGACAGCCUCAACACGCCUGUAGUGGCGGCAUCCACACCGGCCGCAAUGCCCAACCCCACAAACCUCAUCUUCACCUACCCGAGCAUGCUGGAGCCCGAGAGCCCCUCGCCCUCCUCCGAGUCGUGCUCCAAGGCCCACCGGCGCAGCAGCAGCAGCGGCGACCAGUCGUCAGACUCGCUCAACUCGCCUACGCUCCUGGCCCUGUGAAGCAUCGCACAGGAAAACACUGUGGCAGAAGGCGAGCACGGGGAUCAGAGCCCAAAGCACAUUUGGAGAGUCCAGACCAAGCUGACCAUGUGAGCCAUUCCCCCUUUUUGAGCAGGGAGACCCCCGCAAGGGCUACGCUGCAUGUUUCUUCUUGUCCUGCUUUUCAGUCUGACUCGUACAAAGUGUGUGCAGCAAUCCUUAAAAACCCGUCAGCUCUUACUGUGUCAACUUGUUUACUCGAGACCCUUCAAACCUGGCCGUUGUGAACUCAGAUGAUGAUACAAAACCAGUUCUUUAUCAUAUAUCUCUAUUUUUGGAAGAACGAAUUACAAUUACAAGCCAUGAGGCCACUUGCACUCUGCCAAGACCAAUCAACACAUCACUAAAAGAAGCCGCCACGUUUGACUGGACCAGAGACACACAUGGACCCUCAUUCAACUCUCCAACGUAUACUUUACGGCCUCGGUGUGUUUUUGGAGAACAUCUGCCUGUACAAAAGCAUCGUGGAGUCAAAUCUACCUUCUAUUCCGACUACGUUAGUAUUUUUCCUCCUGUUUAAGACAAAGUGUGUGUGAUUUCCAUUGAUGUCAGGGAUAUCGCUCAAGUAGAACCUCCCAUCGUGAAGAACGCACGCGGUGUGACAGUCUUACCAUAAAUACGGGUUCAUUGUGCGACAUCAAGAAAUGUUUCUUUUUCAUUCUGACAUUUCAAAAACGACAUAAUAGUUGUUUCACUGGUGUCUCCUCUCCCCCUCUCUUUGCUUACAUUGCCUCCCUAAAAGGUCUUAACUUUUGUCAACACUGCCAAUCAGGGCAGGUCAGGUUUAACAAAACCAAAAAGGUUUGGGUGACACUUGUAAUCCUUUACUCUGUCAGUCUUGUUUUUGGAAAAAAAAAAAAAAGGAAGGAUUUUACCCUAAUAUGAGAAAAAAAGCCACUGUGGUCCAGCCAGGCUGUCACCAGCUGCCAAUGAUGUCAACCCUGUUUAUACUGUGUUUGUAAAGCUGUCAUUUUUAGCAAAAAGAAAAAAAUACAUAAUUGUCCUUCGUACUGUUACCAGUGGAAGCCCAAUUGGCUUAAGUGAGAAUAACUAAAAUACUGUUUCACAGUACAGAAGGAGUAAUAAUAAUAAUAAUAAUAAUAAGACAGCUGGCCUGGAAUGAAACAUGGACAUCAUGAGGGGAUGAAAUACUUUGUCAUGUUUUUUUUAAGUAAAAGGGACAAGUCUUUAAAACUGUGCACUGAGAAAGACAAAGCAACAUUCCGAAUGAGUCAACGUUAAAUCAUCAUGCGCUGGAUGCAGAGAAAUGUUUUUUUUGUUUUGUUUUUUUUAAUUUAAAUACAAUCUGCUGCUAUGUGGGCAAACUGUUUUUUUUCUUAGGCAAUAUUUGGUCUCAUGCAAAUGCAAGGAAAAAAACAGCUUUUUUAUGAAAAAAAGAAACAAUAACCAAAAAAAAAAAGUCUGAUGUGUCUGUAUGUUGACAUUUUGGGCAGCCCCUCAACACAUAGGAAAGCCAUUGACGUAGAUCUUCUACUGUAUAUGUCAUCUACUGUCUAUUGCCUGUUUUCAACUACUAUUACCUAUUUUCCAAAUGCUUUAACUGUUAAAAAUGAUUCAAAAUUAAUUAAAAAACAGCAAUAUGUAUAUAGCAGUGUUUGUUAAUUUAAAUAAAUCGUAAUAAAACAUGAUUUUCACCUUGAA